AUGCUGCUGAGCGGAGCUCCGCCCGCGGGCUCCGGCCCCGGGCCGCGGGCUCAGGGCGGCGCGGGGGGCGGCCCAGGGGGCGGCUCGCGCCGGGGCGCCGGGGGGCCCGGGGCCGGCCCGGGCGGGGGCGGCAGCGGCGGGGUGGCCAGGUGGCUGCGGGAGCACCUGGGCUUCCGCGGGGGGAGCGGCGGCGGCGGCGGCGGGGGCAAGCCGGCGCCCCCGGAGCCGGACUACCGGCCGCCCGCGCCCUCCCCGGCCGCGCCCCCCGCGCCGCCCCCGGACAUCCUGGCCGCCUACCGGCUGCAGCGGGAGCGGGACUUCGAGGACCCCUACUCCGGGGGGCCGUCCGGCUCCGCCGCCCCGGCCGCCCCGGCGGCCCCCGGCCCCGCGCCGCCCCCGCGCCACGGCUCGCCCCCCCACCGCCUCAUCCGGGUCGAGACCCCGGGCCCCCCGGCGCCCCCGCUCGAGGAGCGGACCCCCGGACCCCCGGCCGGCGGCGACAGGCUGGCAAUCCUAGAAGACUAUGCAGACCCGUUUGAUGUCCAGGAGACAGGUGACAGCCUCGCAGGAGCUUCUGGAGCCCCAGAGAAGGUCCCGGAAAACGAUGGCUACAUGGAGCCCUAUGAGGCCCAAAAGAUGAUGGCCGAGAUCCGGGGCUCCAAGGAGCCGGCCAGUCAGCCCCUGCCGCUGUAUGACACACCCUACGAGCCAGAAGAGGAGGGGGCCACCCCCGAGGGCGAGGGGGCCCUUUGGCCCCGGGAGUCCCGCCUGCCUGAGGACGAUGAGAGGCCGCCCGAGGAGUAUGACCAGCCCUGGGAGUGGAAGAAGGAGCGGAUCUCUAAAGCCUUUGCUGCCCAGUUUGAAGGAUCUGAGAAGAGCUGCCUGUCACCCGGCCUGGAGGAGAAGGGGCGCCUACCUCCCCGACUCUCUGCCGGGACGCCCAAGUCAGCCAAGCCCCUGAGCAUGGAGCCCAGCAGCCCCCUAGGAGAAUGGACAGACCCAGCUCUGCCUCUGGAAAACCAGGUCUGGUACCAUGGGGCCAUCAGCCGGACGGAUGCCGAGAACCUGCUCCGGCUGUGCAAGGAGGCCAGCUACCUGGUGCGCAACAGCGAGACCAGCAAGAAUGACUUCUCCCUGUCCCUCAAGAGCAGCCAGGGCUUCAUGCAUAUGAAGCUGUCUCGGACCAAGGAACACAAGUAUGUGCUGGGCCAGAACAGCCCGCCCUUCAGCAGCGUCCCGGAGAUCGUGCACCACUACGCCAGCCGCAAGCUGCCCAUUAAGGGCGCCGAGCACAUGUCCCUGCUCUACCCCGUGGCCAUCCGGACUCUGUAG